CUCUGCAAACAUUUUGGGCGAGAGUAAAUUUGCACGUUUUGUUGUUGGCUGCAUUUUCAAGCGUUUCCCUGCGAAAUGCGCAACGUUACUGUUUAACGAUUAACAUGUUAAACCACUAUAAGCCAUAAACAGUUGCGGAAAAGCAGCAGCAAUCUUUUUGGGAACAACUGUAAGCUAGCAAAUCCCGUCUCCUGAGAACAGCUGUUACACCAAGAGAAGAACAGUUAGGCGAGUGACAGCGACGACACCAAAAGCAACAGCAAUUCCAACAAGAACAACAACAACAAAAUGAACUCAAAAGCUGACGUCAACCGACGCGUUUUGGCCAUUCAAGCGAAGAAGAAACGUCAUAAGAACAACAAGAAAAGAGGAAAGCAACAAAAUGGAAAUGGAUCAAAUCCCUUGCAGGAACAUCAACCGCAAUCCCAGUCCCAGUCCCAAAAUGUGCCAGCAGCGACGGAAAAUUCUAAUAAUAGCCAGCUACAAAGUGAAUUGCUUUUAGACUCGAACGUUGUCAAGGCGUCAUCCUUAAACAAUGCCACCGCAUCCACCUCAAGCGGAGAAUCGGGCAAUACACCAGACACUCUCAAUCAUUAUCAAUAUCAGCCGCCGUCAGCUGCAGCAGCGGCAGUAGCCGCCCAGUCCAAGUCAAACUCGAAUUCGAAUAAAAAUCAGAUCAUGCACAAUCAACAGCCACCGCGCAGCUCUUCCAAUGAUUCGGAUGAAUCUGAAAUGAAUAGCGAGAAUGAGGAGCAGGAGCUUAAAGAGGACUAUUGCAAGGGCGGUUAUCAUCCGGUUAACAUUGGCGACCUGUUUCAGGGACGAUACCAUGUUAUCCGGAAAUUGGGUUGGGGCCAUUUUUCUACCGUGUGGCUUUGCUGGGAUUUGCAAGAGAAGAGCUAUGUGGCCAUUAAGAUUGUGAAAUCGGCUCCACAUUUCGCUGAGACAGCUAAGGAUGAAAUCAAGAUACUUAGAACGGUGCGUGAAACGGAUCCGUCGAAUCCACGUCGACAGAAAACCGUCCAAAUGUUGGAUGACUUCAAAAUUACGGGUGUGAAUGGGACACACAUUUGCAUGGUAUUCGAGGUGCUCGGUGAUAAUCUUCUGAAGCUUAUACGCAAAUCAAACUAUCGUGGCAUUCCAUUGGAGAAUGUGAAGGCGAUAACCCGUCAAAUUUUGGAGGGCUUGGAUUAUUUGCAUAGCUGCUGUAAGAUUAUCCAUACGGAUAUUAAGCCGGAGAACGUCUUGCUCUGUGUGGAUGAGCCCCAUGUGCGCUCUUUGGCAACAGAGGCCACCCAAUUGUAUUGCAUGAACUCCAAGAUGUAUCCCUCGCUGGUUAGUCGGGCGCCCAAGGAAUAUCGAGAACCUCCCAUUACUGGCAAGAUGAGUAAGAACAGGAAGAAGAAAUUAAAGAAAAAGGCCAAGAAACGCAUGGAGUUAUUUAAGAAGCAGCGAGAUUAUUUGGAACAGUCUGGCCAGCCAGCACCUGGAGAAGAAAGUAUUGAGCAAUCGGAAUCUAUGGGUAAUCAUAGUGCAGUGCAGAAUGGUGAUGCUGAGGUCACCGACGGUGAAGGCGAUGUGGAUCCGGCGGAGCUAGAAGUUAGUGUGAAAAAAGAGACGAAGUCAGAACCGAAUGAGUCCAAUGGGGAUGGUGAUGUUGGCGUUCAUACUGCAGCUGCUGGGCAGGAUGCAGUUAAGCUAGAACCCAGCCAGCCCAUGGAAAACAAUGACAAGUCUAAAAAGAAGAAAAAGAAGAAGAACAAACCUAAAUCAAACCAGCAGCAACAGCAAUCUCAACAUCCCCAACAGCUGGAAAAUUCGACUAGUAGCGGCGACAGCAAUCCAUUGAAAACAUCCUCAAAUCAAGCUCAGACGAAUGGCAGUAGCACCAACUCCAACUCCACUAGCACAUUGAAAGGACAAUCAAAUGGCUCGUCCUCAAAGAAGGCUUCACGAGCGCCCAAGCAGGAGCAACAGCAGCAGCAACAACAUCGAUUGAAUAACAACAACUUUAAUUCGAAAACGAAUUCAAACUCAAACUCGAAUAGCAAUUCGAAAAUCUCAAGCAUCUCCUCGUCGGCGACGACAACAACAAAUGGACCAUAUUCAGAGCCCAUACUGCCACCGCCACCUCCUCCUCCGCUGGCCAAGCACCGGCCCAAACGCGAUCCGGCUCUGGAGGAGUGCAAUGAUGUUUAUGUGAAGAUUGCCGACUUGGGCAACGCCUGCUGGGUGGACAGGCAUUUCACUGAGGACAUUCAGACCCGACAAUAUCGAUCGCUGGAAGUUAUUUUGGGGGCCGGAUAUGAUACAUCCGCCGAUAUAUGGAGCACUGCCUGCAUGGUGUUUGAGCUGGCGACCGGCGAUUAUCUAUUCGAGCCGCAUUCGGGUGAUACUUACUCGAGGGAUGAGGAUCAUAUAGCCCAUAUCAUAGAGCUCUUGGGUCCCAUACCCCGUCACAUUGUGUUCCGUGGCACUUAUGCCCAGCAGACUUUUAACAGAAAUGGUGAACUGCGUAAUAUAACAGGCUUGAAGCCCUGGGGUCUUAUGGAUGUCCUGGUAGAGAAGUAUGAGUGGUCGGAUCCCGAAGCGGAGGCGUUUGCGGCCUUCUUGAAACCCAUGCUUGAAUUCGAUCCGGCCAAGCGGGCUACCGCCGCGGAAUGUCUAGAGCAUCCGUGGCUUAGAUAAGAUACGAUGCAACCUGGUUGUUGGCUGCGGGCCAGUAAGCCAGCAGAAGUACACGUAGGAGCAACGGAAGCAUCAGCAAAAUCAGCAGGAGCAGCAGCCUAUGUUCAGUCAUCUGCAUCUGUGGCCACUUUGGCCUCCAUUUCAUCAAUCGCAUCAACUUCGGCAGCGGCUAUGGCAGCGCUGCGAUCUCGUCCCUAUAUAGAGGCACCAUUUGUAGCCACUGCUUCGGCGCCGCCCACACCCCAGCCACAUUUAGUUCAGAGUUCAGGUUCCACGACUCGCACCGCCCCAGCCACGCCCACGCAACGUCGCACUGUUAAUCCCAUAGACGAUGAUUUUGGUUUAGCCAUGGCCGCUUCGUCGCUUCAUUCAGCAGAUCCAGAGCAAGUAGCAGCUGCCACAUCAUCAUCUUCACAUGUCAAACCCAAGUCUCAGCGUUUAUUUUGGCGCAAAGCUUUGCGGCGCGUUUUUCAGCGUCGGAAGUGACGCCAGCUGCGACGUCGACGGCAAGACUUGCCCCGUUGGCGUCCCACUCGUCGCUGCCGGAGACGCCAACUAGCCGAACGAGUGCGCCGGAUCUGCGCGUGCUGCACCUACGGCCAGGUGCUGAUUCGGGCGGCACGCGUUGCUCUGCUUAGUUGCAUCCGUUGGCGUACGCGUGGUCACAUUCAAAACAAUAACUUUUAUUUUAGUAAUCACUAGGGUGUCCAAACCUGUCUCUGCUUGUCGCUCCUGCUGCUCCUGCUCCAGCUCCACGUCUCCCCCAUUGCAACAGUGCGACCUUCCCGUUCCCUAUCCGAAAUGAAAUCCUUAAACUUAAUCAGCGAUAUCGAGAUAUUUUUGGUUUACGUAGAUCUUAAUAAUUAUUAAUUGAAGGCACUUAAUUUAUUUCCACUGUGUUUUACACCGAUUAGACAAUUUUCCGUUGCUACUACUACAUAUGAAAUUAUAUGAUGAAUCGUAUUACCACCUAAAUAUACAUAUAACUAAAUGA